AUGUUUACUGUAGUUCACUUCUGUGUCGCUGUGAAUGUCUACAUUAGUGAAUGUCAUAAAUCACUUGUGCUUGUUGUGUGUUUUACAGUGGUGGAGAAGAAAGAAGGCAAAACCACAGUUAUAGAGGGUGUUAUUGAGCCUACAUCUGAGCAACCACAGCCUCCCAACCCCACAGCUUCCUGUCCCAUCUACAGAUGGAACCUACAAAACAAGUACAACUACACCGACGUGCUGUUACUCAGGCAGUUCAUUCGCUCAGAUGGUGGGAUGCUUCCCCGGCGCAUUACAGGCCUCUGUGCUCAGGAACAUACCAAGAUAGUAAUUUGUGUACAGAUGGCCCAUCGUGCAGGACUCCUACCAGAUCAUAAACCCCCUUUACCUGAAGGCCAUGUUCCAAAACCUAAACCCAACCCACCUCUCAACCGGUAUCUGACACGUUACUCUGUGAAGUCUGUGAAGCCCAUCUUCAAGACAGGGUUGAAGUGGUGUAAGAAGAGAAUGACUGUAGGACAUCCUGCCCUGAAAAACAACGUCAGAUACAGCCCCAAACCACUGUACAUAAAGCACUGAUGGACACAGCUGCUAACCCAAUCAAAAGAGUGACUUUCAUGGGACUGAGAGGAUCUAUGACAAAGGAUUUGUACCUGCCUCUGGCACAAAGAGACUGUUAAUUGAUAAACCAUCAAAAUGUAAAUU